AUCUUGGUUAGGUUUUCAAUAAUAACAUGUAAUAUAAUAACAAUAAUGUACUAUUUAAAAGAUUUCUUUCAUUAUUUAAUUAAUUUUUAUCUAUGUGUGAUAUAUAUGAGUCUACAAUGUAGUGCAGUUUAUAGUCAAUAAUUAUGGCCUGAUGCUAUUUUACUUUUUGAAAAAUAAAGAGAAAGAAAUGGAGACAGCAACAAUUGUAGAACCUAUGGAGGAAAGUCCUGAAAAGAUUCAAACAAGUCCUCCAAUACAAAUAGUGAGAGUUCCAGUAAAACAUGCUAAUCUUGGAAUAAGAAGCCAUGCCAUGGAUAUGAGCACAAUGGUGGAGCUUACAUCUUUCAGUACACUUGGAAAAAUACAACCAUUUUUAGUUACUAUAACAACUACUGCAGCAUUAUUGGUAGAUUUACAUUGUCAUUUAACAGAUAAAGAAGUUUGUGGCUAUUUAGGUGGUCAUUGGGAUAUUAAUUCACAUAAUUUAUCUAUAACAACUGCUUUUCCAUGUCGUUAUUCUGGCAAAGAUAAAUCAGCUGCAGCUGCAGUUGAAACUGAAAUUGCAAGAGCAAUGGAAUGGAAACAUGUGACUUUAGUUGGAUGGUAUCAUUCUCAUCCUAGAUCUCAUGCUUCUCCUUCUCUUAGGGAUGUUGAUUCACAAUUAGAUUAUCAAAUUAAAAUGAAAGGACCUAGUGAUAAUGGUUAUACACCAUGUGUGGGUUUAAUAUGCUCACCUUAUAAUACGGAUGGCAGUUGUUAUGAAUCAAAUUUUAAUGUUUUUUGGUCCUUACCGCCUCCCGAAAAUCGGCCUCAUGAAUACCCAAGACCAAUGCUUUUGAGUUAUACAUUAUCUCAAGAGCAUUUUCUUUCUCAAGAUACAUUAGAAGAAAUUAGAAGAUGCAUAGAGUAUUAUAAAAGUGAAGGAGGUAUUGAUUUUACUGCCAAUUUUAACAAUAAUACGACUUAUCUUGAACGUUUAAGGUGUUCUUUAGCAUCCAAGUUACCAGGUCGUAAUAGAUCGAACGGUUCGUACUGGGAUAUAAUUAGAGAAAUGAUUUGUCCUGGUUCUGAAGAUGGAACUUCACCGGAAUUUUUGACUAUGAAAUUUCCUCUGGUACCAGUUUCAGAAUCACUUGUUCCUUCAGUUCCACCAGGAGUUAGUCUUGCACCUAAUAAUGCAGCUGUCUUCCUAACACCUGUGAAUUUUAAACCUGAUGGUGCUAUAAUUACACCUACAUCAAAAUCUUUUGUGAUGCAACCAUCUACUUCUAGAGAUAAUAUUAAAAAGGAUAUUAUAAGUACGGAUUCCGCAUCUAUUACGCAAUUAAAAGAUGGAAAUGUUUCGUCUAAACAACAUAUAUCACCAUCAGAAGUAAUGCCCAGUUUUCAAUCUGGAGAACUCACAGUUUCUGUAAAAAAUGCUAAAUGUGAUUAUGAUUUUGCACCUACUGAUUUUUCGAAAAUAUCCAAUGCUCUUGGAACUGAUACAAGUAUCAAUAAAACGCGAUCGUCCACAUCUGAUUUCCCUUUAGCUGAUAUAACGCAACAAAUUUCUAAGUUUUCAGAUUUAUCAAAAUUAGCUAAUUUCUCUACAGCAGAUUUAGCAAAACUUUCUGGAUUUCCUAUUCCAGAUUUUGCGAGAACAUCAUCGCCAUCGCCGUCUGCAUAUAUGCGUAAUAUUGCGAAUUUAUUUGGUCCAAUCGGAAAAAUUUCUCCUGCAAGAGAUAUUGAAUCGAACGAACGUAAAUCAAAUGAUUUCAGUAUAGUUGAUUCUAUUCAAUCGCCAUUUAAAGUAAGUUCUGGAUCUUCAGAAUCUUGUAGAAAUUUUUCUGCAACUCCUGAAGAUUACUCGACUGAUCGUAAAAAAAUGGACGUACAAAAUGAUAACGUAAAGCUCAAUCGAUCGAAUGAGUAUCAAGGAACAGAAGAUCUCUCAAUUUCUAAAUCUGAGUUUAGUGGAAUGUUGGACAUGACUACAAUUCAUAAAAAGCAACAACAGUCACAAAGUGGUGAUAUUGGCGAUUCGUUAAAUUUAUCAAAAGAUCGUCAAUAGAUUUGCUACAUUAAUCAGUAUUUCAGGAUUAUUAUUAUUUCUGUCUCUUCAUAUUAUAUUGUCUGUCUGCAUAAAUAUAUUUAAAUGUGACUUUUAUUCUUACAUUUAUUACUUGCGCAAUACUUACACAUGUGCAUAUUAAAUUAUUUUUUUUUAAUUAUAGAAAUAUUCAAAUCA